AUGAAAUCGGUUAGAAAACCAAAAGACUUUAGCAUCGAGAGUAUCCUAGCCGAUAAAUUCAGAUUUCUUCGAAAUGACCAAUAUAUAAAUUCGUCUCAAUUCAGUGUAACAAAAACUCAUGAAUUUGAAUUACAGAAAGAAAAAUUUGAAAAAAAUGUUGAAACAGCCUUUGAAAUUAGUAUAGAAGAAGAUGUCGCGGUAAAUACAAAAAAUAAUUUUGCAUCCAUCAAGGAAAAUCCUGCACCGAAUCCUGCGCAGAAUUUACCGACAAACUCCGGAAUUGGCACAAGAGAUACGUAUCGAACAAAUAAUGUGUUUAAAAAUAACGAAUUUACUGAUGCAAAAGAUUAUGAUGUGUAUUUUCAACGGAAAAGUGAAGUUAACGUAGAAGAAAACGACAAAGUGAAUUUCAAAAUAAUCAAUUUCAAACAAUAUAAGAAUGAGGAACAUUGUGUAAGUUUGCUAAAUACUGAAGAAAAUAAUAUCGUUAACCAGUUUUAUAAAAUUUCAAAGUUUGACAUAAUUGGAAAAUGUACCACUGAUAUGAAAAGGUCCUGUUUAAUUGCUGAUGAAAAAAAACAUAUGAGAGUCUAUCAACAUUUUUCAAAACCCCUUGAACAAGAGGAAUUUAAUUCCAAUGAAAUAAGCGGCUCAAAAGUAAUAACGCACACUGAAAAAGAACACGUAACAAAUUCUGAAUACGUUAAACCUAAGAAGGGUGAUGAGUAUUACGAAGAAAUAAAUGAACGUUACGGUAAUGUUAAUAUAAAUGAACAACAAAAUAACAUAAUAAAUUUGAAAGUAGACCAAAGGUGUUAUCGCAACAAAUUUCAAGAAGAAUUACUGAAACAAGAUCACGAAGAAAAAUUUGGAAACAAACAAAUUAAAUGCAUAAAUUAUAGAUCUAAUGACUCUCUAGAAAAUAAAAAUAAAGAUUCAAAAAUCAAUUUCUCAAAAACGUUGACAAAGAUAAAAAAUAGAUCUCCGUCGUUUGAUAAUAUGAAAGAAAAGCUAAUUAAUCUUUUAAAUAACAAAACAGAAUAUGUAGAAGUAAUAGAAAAUGCAACAGAGUUAGAAUGGCUUCGAUGUACAAGGUAUAAACCUCCGAAAAUUCCUAGAAAACGUGCGAUUGGAAAAAAUAGACGAAAGCCCAGCCUUCAUCCUCGGAUACCAUUUUCAUCUUUUCAACUGGAUUUUCUUGAGCAUCAAUUUCAGAACAAUGCUUAUCUUUCAAAAGAAAACGUAUUGGAGAUAUCAAAUGUUUUAGAUCUUCCUCCUAACAGGGUACUUUCAAAGUUUUUUACAUUUAUCACUAACUUGUUUUAA